AUUUAAUUGCAACGCCCUGCUAGCUGUUCUGCUAGCUAAGCUACACGGGGCUGCACUCACUGUUGUUCGAGGAGUUGACACGUUAAGUCCCAGUUGGCUGUGUAACAGGGGGGGGCUCUAGGACCUGGCAGACACCUAGCGCUGACGGAAGAGCAGGCGGAGAAAGGUGAAGCUACCCUCAGACUGCUGAUCAGAGGUCGGUUGUUAACAUUCCGCCAGCGUCGGUUAAGGUCGUGAAGGGGCCCGGUGACACCGAUCCCCAGUCAGUUACUCUAAAGUACGACGCUACGCAUUUUAGUUAACGACGUGAAAUGAUAAACACAGACGUCUAGGCUUUAGCUAGCACACACAGAGUUGAUCUGUACAAGAUAGCGUCAUGGUUCCCAAGUUAAAAACGACCAUUAACACCCACACACAUUCCUCUGAGCUGCCUAAAUGGCCAGUUGUUGCUGUUUGGGACGUCGGUGCCCCGCAGCUUUGAUGCAGCGAAGAGCAAAGAUCCAGUCCAGACGUCCAUUAUAAUCCGCAGCGUCAACAUCUCCGUUCAACCCGGCUAUGCAAGCGAACACAACGCGGGGCUUCUUGUGGUCGGACGUAGAGACGAGGACCCUGUUGAACAUCUGGGGGGAGCAGGACAUCCAGGUGGCGCUGGAUGGAAACUUCAGAAACAGCUUCGUGUACCGCGACGUGUCCCGGAGGCUGGCGGCGAUGGGCUUUGAACGGACGCCGGAGCAGUGCAGGGUGCGGAUCAAAAGCCUCAAGAGGCAGUACUUGUUAGCAAAGGAAGGUAAUCUACGCAACAACGGACAGUAUCACAAGAUUUGUAAGUUUUAUGACACCAUGGAGAUGAUUUUGAGCAACCGGCCCGCACUGGAUCCUCAGGAGUUCAUAGACAGCGGGGCGGGAGGAGAGGAGGCCGUGGAUGGCCUGGAGGAGGAGGGAGAAGAUGCUCAGGAUGCCUACUCGGAGAGCACAGGGGAGUGUCCCUACCCUGCAGAGACUGAAGUGAAGCUGGAGUACCCAACUGUUCCCAUCCCUAUUCCAGUUAAAGUGACAGUGGGCAAUAACAGCACUUCAGCAAGACCACAGAACAGCAGUCAGUCGGCCUGUAAUCUGUCAACCAGAACGCCUAAACGGCCGAGGAAGCGACGUGCAAACUUCCCCAUGGAGAAACUAAUGGAGCAGUUCCUGGAGCAGAGCGCCCAGGCUGAGGACAACUUCUACCGGGUGGAGGAACAGCGCUUGCAGGCCGAAGACCGGCGCAGGGAAGCCGAACACGGCAGGGAGCUGCACAUGCUUCAGAUGCUCGGCCAGAUGUUCUCCAGCAUCUCUUCCGCGAGAAACGGCUCUGCUGCCGCUCCCUCCAAAACAGCUCCGCCUGCCCACGCUCCUGCGUCCUCCCGGGCCUCCCCGUCAUGUACACGUGGCCAGUCCAGUCAUCUGAGACGCCCUCCACCCCAGACAGACUGUUGCACCCAACAAAGCCAACUGGUGAACCCAGAUCCCCAGGGAUUAGUGUUUGAACGCUACUACAGUUUGGGGUCUACAUCACACAGAGGCAUGGACGAUGACAUCGUCUCACUGGUAAAGAACAUAGUGCCUCCACUGACAUCCAAAAAGCACAAGGGACAGGAUGGACGUAUCGGGAUCAUUGGAGGAUGCCAAGACUAUACUGGAGCUCCAUACUUUGCCGCCAUCUCAGCACUGAAAGUGGGGGCUGACUUGUCUCAUGUGUUCUGCACCAAAGAUGCUGCAACUGUAAUCAAAUCAUACAGCCCUGAGCUCAUAGUUCAUCCUGUUCUAGACAGUCCUAAUGCAGUGGAAGAGAUAGAAAAAUGGCUCCCAAGACUGCACGGCCUUGUGGUUGGACCAGGUCUAGGGAGAGAAGACGCAUUACUGAAAACAGCCAAGGAGGUGAUAGAGAAGUCUAAAGCGAGAGACAUCCCUAUAGUCAUUGAUGCAGACGGAUUAUGGCUGGUUACACAGCAGCCAUCUGUUAUUCAGGGGUACCAGAAGGGCAUCCUCACACCUAACUUCAUGGAGUUUACUCGACUCUAUGAGGCACUGCACCAUGAGCCCAUGGACAUCAGUGAUCAUCAACGCAGCGUCAUGCAGCUCAGUGUAGCCAUGGGCAACCUCACUGUGGUGCUAAAAGGAGAACAUGAUCUCAUUACAGACGGCAGUAGGGUGAUCUCAUGCAGUAUUGAGGGCAGUGGGAGAAGAUGUGGUGGACAGGGUGAUCUUCUAUCUGGAUCUAUGGGAGUUUUGGCACACUGGGCCCAUGCUGCCUCUGCAGCUGGAAUGAACAGAAGUGUAAAUCCAUCGGUGGUUGCAGCAUUCGGGGCUUGUUUGCUUACAAGACAGUGCAACAGUCAAGCAUUCCAGCGACAUGGCAGGUCCACCACCACAACGGACAUGAUCCAGGAGAUUGGCUCAGCCUUCAAAAAGCUAUUUGAAAGCUGAAAUCAGCCAAAUGAAAAUUGUGGUUUUAAAAGCUAUACAAAUACAUACUCAAUUUUGCAUUGUUAAAAACUGCUAAUAUAGCCCACCCAUAAUAUAAUGGGUGGGCUGGCGGAAAAAAAUCUCAUAAAGUUGAAUUUGAAUGAAGGUAAGACGACGCUCACUUUCCAGUGCAAAAACAAUUGCACACUGACUUGUAGUUUGAGGUGUAUUAAAUCAACCCUGUAAGAAUACCCAACAAAUACGGUCUUCCAUUUCUCGAGUAUUCAUCUGAAUGCAUUCACCAAACAUGCUGGGGUAGCUUCAUUUUUCACAACCCACCAAAGAGACUGAGAUGGUAAGAUAAAUAGAACCAGUGUGAACCAGAAACCUGUUUGAAUUUUUUUUAAAUAAAUACAAUUUUGUGUGAGUGA